AAUUAUACAUUAUCCUAACGAAGUCAUCAUUAAAGUUCAUGCUGCUGGUCUCAACCCUAUUGACAUAAGCAUGAGGGGUGGCUAUGGUGCGGCUACGCUGGCCAUGAGGCGUGACCCAUUGAACAUUACCCAAUCUGGCAAUGAAUUCCCCCUGAUCCUCGGCCGAGACAUGUCAGGGGUCAUCAUGGAGUGUGGGCUGGAUGUGGCCUACUUCAAACCUGGGGAUGAGGUGUGGGCUGCCAUUCCUCCGUGGAAGCAGGGCAGCCUUGCAGAGUUUGUGGUGGUGAGCGGCAAUGAGGUGUCACAUAAGCCCAAAUCGCUGAGUCAUACAGAGGCUGCAGCUGUUCCUUAUGUAGCAGCCACCGCCUGGUCUGCCCUUGUCAACACUGGUGGGCUGAGUAAGGACAACUGUACCAAGAAACGAAUACUUAUUAUUGGGGCAUCAGGAGGAGUUGGAACCUUUGCCAUACAGCUGGUGAAGUCAUGGGGGGCCCAUGUUACUGUGACGUGUUCCCAGAAUGCUGAACAGCUGGUGAGAGGUCUAGGUGCUGAUGAAGUGGUAGACUACACUGCUGGUCCAGUAGAAAAACAACUCCAGACAUUACAGAAGUUUGAUUUGAUUUUAGAUAAUAUAGGAGGAGACACUGAGAAUUGGGCUCUAAGUUUUCUCAAACCCUGGUGUGGUGCCAAAUACGUUACCCUGGUAACACCUUUCCUGCGGAACACAGAUACACUGGGAAUCGCUGAUGGAAUGCUGCAGACUGGUGUCACUGUGGCAACCAAGGCACUGAAGCACUUGUCUAAAGGGGUUCACUAUCGCUGGGGAUUCUUUGCUCCAAAUGGCCCUGUGCUGGAUGACAUCAGCGAGAUGGUAGAUGCUGGACAGAUCCGUCCAGUGGUGGAGGAGCAAUUCUCUUUUUCACAGGUGCCUCAGGCCUUCCAAAAAGUAGAGCAGGGUCAUGCUAGAGGCAAGACUGUGGUGUCUGUUGCUACAGCACAAACAGAGUAACCAUGGCAACUGCACAGUCAAAGAGAACUUACACACAGAGCCUUACGGAUGCUCGCCUCAGUUCUGUAACCCCCAUGGCCAUUGGGAUGGACUCUCAGAUGCCAGAGUGCGAUGUGAACUCUUAGACAUUUGACUAUAUUGGACAUAUUGUUCUGGAGGGUUGACCAACAUUGGGUCUUAACUACAGAAUAUCAUGUCUUUAAAUUAUUUUGCUUUGAGAUAAAUUACAUA